GCUACUCGUCACUACAAAAGGAAGGCUGCCAUUGAAGCGAACUGCCCAGCAUAUUAACAGAGCCAGAGAUAGCUAGCCAGACCCUUCUUCUUUUACCGUACUUGUCGGGUGUUUCAUGCCGAGGUGCCUCUUUUGCCGUCGACGGAGAAGAAGGAAGGAUUUCGGCAUGAAGUUGUCAGAGCUAGGUAAGCCUGAUGAGUACCUGUUCGUGUGGAGAGGAGAAAUCGGUCGAUUAGAGAAUUUUGGGAGCGAGCGUGGGGGUGGCCGUGGCUCUUCUCCUGGCUUUGCGAAGUGGACCGUUCAAGAGCCGGCUGGGGAACGGUUUGAUUGGUUGGAAACAGAGGGGUUCUACUGCUGCGAGGCACAAGUCCACUUUACAGGAAAAAGACUUGAUGGCACUUGGUUUGCAUCCACCAGAGAAGAUGGUGUGCCUCUGACUUUUAUAUUAGGACAAGAGAAUGUGAUGCGAGGCUUCAGUAUGGCUGUUAGCUCAAUGCAAGCAGGGGAGAAAGCUGUGUUCACCAUCCCUCCAGAAUUAGCAGGCACCAAGUCUCGGUGUCCAGUUGAUAUCCCAGGGAAUAUUGCCCCCAAUGAAGCACUGCGGUUUGAUAUUGAGCUCAUCUCUCUUGUCACCAUAACUGACAUCCUCGAUGAUGAAGGCAUACUGAAAAAGAUCAUCAAGCGUGGACUGGGGAGCGAUAAGCCUUGUGAUUUGGAUGAAGCACUUGUGAACUACAAUGCUUGCCUGGAGGAUGGGAUGUCAGUGUCCAUGUCUGAAGGUAUUGAGUUCAACCUUGCGGAAGGCUUCUUUUGUCCUGCAUUUGCACGUGCUGUGGAGACUAUGACAGAAGGAGAGGAAGCUGUUCUCAUUGUUAAACCUGAAUAUGGUUUUGGUGAACGGGGUAGACCAUCCAUAGGGGAUGAAGCCGGUGUGCCACCUGAUGCAACUCUCUAUGUGUACCUUCAAUUGAUGUCAUGGAAAACAGUGAGGCACAUUGGAGAGAAUGGGACAAUCCUCAAGAAAACCCUUUGUAGAGGAAAUUUGGAAGGACAGCAGACAGAGAAUGAAGCAGUGGUCGGAGUUCGACUGAUUGGUAAACUGCAAGAUGGGGCUGUAUUUGAUCAGAGGGGCCACGAAGGAGAUGAGCCGUUCAAGUUCAUGGUUGACGAAGAGCAGGUUAGCGAAGGCCUAGAGGAAGCUGUUCUUACAAUGCGGGAGGGAGAGGUCUCCUUGUUCACCAUUCCCCCCCAUCGUGUGCAGGAUCAACUUUUGGUUGUCCCUGUUGGCUCUUCCGUGACCUACGAAAUCGAGCUUGUCUCAGUUGUAAAUGACAAGCCUCCCCGGCUCAUGAGUCAAGCAGAGACCAUCGAAGCUGCAGCUGAAAAGGAAAAGGAGGGAGACAAACUGUUCAGCUCAAGCAAAUUUUUGAGAGCUUACAGGAGAUAUUACAAGGCCAGGCAGAUCAUACUCCUGCGCUUUGGACGAGGAGAAACAGAUGAAGAAAUUAAACAAAUGUUGAUUUCCCUUACCUUCAAAGCUGCUGAGUGCGCGAAUCAGCUUCAACGCUAUGAACAAGCAUACCACCGCUAUCGUGAGAUAUUGGAGUAUGACCCUGGAAAUGUGAAAGCACGGGAAAUGACAGGGCGGGCAUUCCCUGAAGCAUCUCUUGGAAUAGACACUGCCGCAAUGCAUAGGGGCUUGGAUCAGCCAUUUAGGCCGAAAGAAGAGUUUCGCGUGUGCGGCGGCUACAUGACCCCGGAGUUCUCUGAGAUGAGACUGAAGCAAGGGCAUAAAUACCAUGGAAGUAUAAAUAUUUUUGUCCCUCCUAUCCCAAGACCAGAGACCAAUGCAAAUCAAGCUGUUCCAGCUGCUCCUACAGGCCACAGGCUCACACACAGCCCUACUACACCUCCAGGUCCAAAUAAUGAGAAAAGAAACAGAAGCAGUCGUGUUCCAGUCGCUGCCAGGAAGGGGCUAGCUUCUUGCUUCAGAUGCAUCUCUUCAGAUUGUAACUGAAGACAUGUUCCCUGAAAGCAAUAAAGAAAAAAAAUCUUGACCAGCAACAGGGCUGUACUAACACUAGUUUAUUUUUUUUCGAACUAAUAAUUUAACUUAGGUCGAAAUUAAUGACGAUUCUAUGGACACAACCCAACGGUGGAGAUGGCCUGAAGAAUAGAACGAAACACCCAAAAUUUCAUA